GUCAUGGCACCAUCCCAUAUAAUUCACCAUCCAGAACAUCUCUUCUCCAGACCUACUUCUCACUAUUGCAAGAGUCCAUCAUGUAAAGAGAAUUGUCCCCUGCAACCGUCCAUCGCCCCCAAACAUGUUCUCAUCACUCACAUCUCUGUCGUCCUUCGGCCGCGGCUUUGGCCGGAGCUCGACCUCAGCGGCAGACGCAAUCAAGAUUCCUCCCGUCGAGGUCCACGAUGUGGAAACGUCGACGGACAAGCAAGGGCGUGCUCUCAAGCACCUGCUGAAGCUCAACCAUGUGAACUUUUCGAUCCUGUACAAUCACUUGAGGUUCCACAACCACACGCCUCACAUCCUCGGCUCUGCGUACCUCCUCUCCUCUUCGGCGGACCACUUACACGCCGUCUACGAGGACGCCGCGGCGAACGAAGGCCAUGAGCACUGGGUCGAUUCGCCCUCCGAGAUCGCCCCGCACGACUACCGCGACUACCUGGGCAAACGCGAGUACCAGCGUGCGUUCGUGGAUUUCUUCGAGGACCAAGUUGUGCUCGCUGGCUAUGACUGGAAGCGGGUGGUCGAGAAAUUUCUCUUCGAGAGGGGCAACGCGAAGAAGGGUGAGCUGAAUGCAGAGCCGAUCUUCAACUGUUUGACCGGGGGGUUGGGCCAUCCGUUGAUUCAUCUCGGGUAUGCGUAUGAGCUGAAUAGCCGCGAGGUGGCGAUGGAGGCGCUGGGGCUCGCGGCGACGUGCUACGACGAGAAACUCGCAAAGCUGCUGGAGACGGCGACGUCGGCGUCGCAAUCGGCCAAUCCGCCGACGUACUCGACGAAUGACCUGUUCGAGGUCUUUGCCCGGGUUCACGGAGACAGCCGUCUCGACGGAGUAUUCGAGCACCUGGGCGAUGCCAACCUCACGCACUUGCUGAGCGAUCCCGCGCUGACGGCGAUCCUGCUCGAGCACUUUCGGGCGUGGCAGAUUGUGGACCCGACAAAGGACUUUGCGCAGUCGCAGGCGCUGGCGACCGCGCUGCUCAUCGCCAGCGCGCCCAGCGUCGGCGGCCACGGGUGGGACUUCUUCCUCGUGCACCUGCUGACGACGUCGCACGCCGUGCGCAUCCUGGUCCCCUUCCUGGACGCGCCGCACCACGUGCCCCUGGUGCGGGAGUGGCUGCUGAUCGCGCUGGCCAUCUACAUCGCCCAGCUCCGGCCGCCGAUCAAGAAGGAGCCCGUCGCGGACUUUGACCUGCGGGGCCGCGGCUGGGACUACGUCGCCCGCGAGGCCGUCGGGAGCAAGUGGAAGUUCGACGCGCACUUCGUCAAGGCGUGUCGCGCCAUGCGCGAGGCCGCGAGGGUCUGGGGCGACGACGACGAAUUCUACCUCAAGGCCGCGGUCAGGUUUGCCAGCGAGUUCAACGACUGGGGCGGCUUCGGCGUCGAGGAGGAAGGCACGGGGGAAGUGAGCACAGAGACGGCCGAGACGAAGGCUUGACGUUCGGGGGAGGCUCUUGGGACCAGUUUGAUAUCUACAUAAUACCACCCGAGGUACCACAUACGCCAGGAUGGAACCCGUUGAGGACAGGGAAAAAUUUGGGACAUUGACCCUUUUUAUUGAUCCAACGAAAUCAGAGCAAUCAAGAAAAGCAUCAAACCAUAUAGCUCGACUGCUUCUAGGCUCAAAGGUACCUGGUAUUCUUCGACCAUCAGCCGUUGGAAAUAAGUGAUGUAUCGAGUAUACUGAACCUAGAAGGGAGAAGGAGCCCUCUUGGAGCGCA